AUGGGCCCAUCAGGCCCCGCGCUGCUGGCGCUGCUGCUGCUGAUGAUCACAGCAGGUGCCCGGGCAGAAGACGAAGUGCUGGAAAAUGUCAACCCGAGCUGUUCAAAAGGUACAACUCGAUUCAAGCACCUCAGGAAGUACGUAUACAACUAUGAAGCCGAGAGUUCGAGUGGAGCCCCCGCGUCUACUGAUUCAAGGAGUGUCACCAAGAUCAACUGCAAGGUCGAGCUGGAGGUCCCCCAACUCUGCAGCUUCAUCCUGAAGACAAGCCAGUGCACCCUGAAAGAGGUGUAUGGCUUCAGCCCUGAGGGCCAGGCCUUGCUGAAGAAGGCCAAGAGCUCCGAGGAGUUUUCUGCGGCCAUGGCCAAGUUCGAGCUCAGGCUGGCCAUUCCCGAAGGGAAACAAGUUUUACUUUACCCAGACAAGGAGGAGCCCAAACACAUCCUGAACAUCAAAAGAGGCAUCAUUUCCGCCCUCCUGGUUCCCUCGGAAACGGAAGAGGACAAGCAGGUGUUGUUCCUGGAUACUGUGUAUGGAAACUGUUCCAGUGACUUUACCGUGAAAACGAGGAAGGGAAACGUGGCAACAGAAAUAUCCAUCGAAAGAAACCUGGAGAAGUGUGACCACUUCAAGCCCGUUAGCACAGGAGUGAGCCCACUGGCUUUGAUCAAAGGCCUGACCCAACCCUUGUCAACUCAGAUCAGCAGCAGCCAGUCUUGCCAGUACACCCUGGACCCCAAGAAGAAGCAUGUGUCAGAAGCCACCUGCCAGGAACAACACCUGUUCCUGCCUUUAUCCCACAAGAACAAGUAUGGGAUGAUGGCACUGGUUACACAGACUUUGAAACUUGAAGACACACCUAAGAUCAACAGCCGCUUCUUUGAUGAAGGUACCGAGGAGGUGGGUCUUACCUUUGAGACCACCAAGUCCACAUCACCGCCAAAGCAGGCCGAGGCCAUUGUCAAGACCCUCCAGGAACUUCAAAAACUGCACGUCUCCGAGCAGAACGCCCAGAGAGCUAAGCUCUUCAGUAAACUGGUCACUGAGUUGCGAGGCCUCAACAACGAGGCAGUCGCAUCCCUCUUGCCAAAGCUGGUCGAGGUGUCCAGCCCCAUCACUUUGCAAGCCCUGAUUCAGUGCGGACAGCCCCAGUGUUACACCCACAUCCUCCAGUGGCUGAGAAAUGAGAAAGCCAACCCACUUCUGAUAGAUGUUGUGACCUAUUUGGCGGCCCUGAUCCCAGGGCCCUCAGUCCAGAGGCUGCAGGAGAUCUUUAACACAGCGAAGGAGCAGCAGAGCCGGGCUACUUUCUAUGCUCUGAGUCAUGUGAUCCACAACUAUCAUAAGACACACCCUACAGCGACUCAAGAGCUGCUGGACAUUGCUGAUUACCUGUUGGAGCAGAUUCACGAUGACUGCACUGGGAACGAAGAUCACACCUACUUGAGUCUGAGGGUCAUUGGAAACAUUGGCGGAAUCCUCCAGAAGAUCACCCCAAGACUCACAUCUUCAGUCUUGCAAUGUGUCAAAAGUACAGCGCCAUCCCUGCUGAUUCAGAAGGCUGCUAUCCAAGCCCUGCGGAAAAUGGAAAAUAAUGACGAGGUCCGGGAAGUCCUCCUUCAGACUUUCCUGGAUGAUGCCGCUCCAGGGGAUAAGCGACUGGCUGCCUACCUCAUGCUGAUGAGGGACCCUUCUCAGUCAGAUAUUAGCAAAAUCACCCAACUUCUCCCAGAGGAACAGAAUGAACAAGUGAAGAACUUUGUGGCUUCCCACAUCGCCAACAUCUUAAACUCAGAUGAAUUGUAUGUCCAGAGUCUGAAAGAGUUAGUGAAAGAAGCUCUGAAAGACUCUCAACUUCCAACCGUCAUGGACUUCAGAAAAUUUUCCCGGAACUACCACUUUUCCAAAUCUGUUUCUCUUCCAUCCCUUACCCCAUUCUCAGCCAAAAUUGAAGGUAAUCUUAUAUUUGAUCCAAAUAAUUACCUGCCUAAAGAAAGUAUGCUGAAAACGACCCUUGCUGUCUUUGGAUUUGAAUCAGCUGACCUGUUCGAGCUUGGUUUGGAAGGAAAAGGGUUUGAGCCAACCCUGGAAGCUUUCUUUGGGAAGCAAGGAUUUUUCCCAGACAGUGUCAACAAGGCUCUGUACUGGGUUGAUGGUAAAGUUCCUGAUCGUGUCUCUGAGGUCCUGGUGGACCACUUUGGCUACACCAAAGAUGAUAAACGUGAGCAGGACAUGGUCAAAGGAAUUAUGCUUAAUGUUGAGAAGCUGAUCAAGGACUUGAAAUCCAAAGAAUUCCCAGAAGCCAGAGCCUACCUCCGCAUCUUAGGAGAGGAGCUUGGCUUUGUCAGGCUCGAUGACCUCCAGCUCCUGGGAAGGCUGCUCCUGAAUGGUGUCCGUACUCUGAGGGGGAUCCCCCACAUGGUCGCAGAGGCCCUAAAGAAAGGUUCAAAGAAUGACUUGUUUCUUCACUACAUCUUCAUGGACAAUGCCUUUGAACUCCCCACUGGACUUGGGUUACCACUGCAAGUGUCCUCCUCUGGAGUCCUCGCUCCUGGAAUCCAGGCUGGGGUGAAACUGGAAGUCAAGGAUAUGCAGAUGGAACUGGUGACAAAGCCCUCUGUGUCUGUGGAGUUUGUGACGAAUAUGGGCAUCGUCAUUCCAGACUUUGCUAGGAAUGGGGUCCAAAUGAACACGAACCUCUUCCAUGAGACAGGCUUGGAGGCCCGAGUUGGCCUAAACUUGGGGCAUCUGAAGUUCAGCAUUCCAGCUCCAAAGAGGCCAGUCAAGCUGUUCAGUGUCAGUAACACAAUGCAUUUGGUCUCUACCAUCAAAACGGAAUUGACUCCACCUCUAACGGAGAACAGGAAUUCCUGGUCAACUUGCAAGCCUUUCUUUACCGGCCUGAACUAUUGCACCACGGGCACUUACUCCAACACCAGUUCUUACUCUCCUCUGAUCGGAGACACCAGAUAUGAACUGGAACUGCAGCCUACGGGAGAAGUGGAGCAGUAUUCUGCCAGUGCAAUCUACAAUCUCCAGAAAGAGGACGAGGCCCAGGUGGACACACUGGAGUUUGUAGCUCAGGCAGAAGGUGUAAAGCAGACCGAGGCCACGAUGACAAUCAAAUAUAACCGGCAGACUAUGACUUUGACCAGUGAAACGCAAAUUCCAGAUUUUGACAUUGAUCUUGGGACAGUCCUCAGAGUUAGUGAUGAAUCUGCUGAGGAAAAGACAUCUUACAAACUCACCAUCGACAUUCAAAACAAGAAAAUCACUGAGGUCGCCUUCACAGGCCACAUAAGUUAUGACAAGAAGGAAGAAGGCAAAAUCAAAGGUGUUCUUUCCAUACCCCGUUUGCAAGCAGAAGCCAGAAGUGAAGCCCUCGCCCAGUGGACUCCCACAAAACUGCUCCUCCAAAUGGACUCAUCUGCCACAGCAUACGGCUCAACAAUUUCCAAGAAGUUGGCAUGGCGUUAUGAUGAAGAGAAGAUUGAAUUUGAAUGGAACACGGGCACCAAUGUAGAUACCAAAAAAGCAGCUUCCAGUUUCCCCAUGGAUCUCUCUGAUUACUCUAAAAGGUUGCAUAUGUAUGCCAACAGUCUCUUGGAUCACAGAGUUCCUAAAACAGACAUGACUUUCCGGCACAUGGGUUCCAAAUUAAUGGUUGCAACAAACACAUGGUUUCAGAAGGCAUUCGUGCGUCUUCCUUAUGCCCAGAAUUUGCAAGAUUACCUAAAACAGUUGAACCAGAAGAUGGCACUGCCAGAGUUCCACAUUCCAGAAAACCUCUUCUUGAACAGUGAUGGCCGGGUCAAAUACACCUUCAACAAGAACAGUGUGAAAAUUGAGAUUCCUUUGCCCUUGGGUGGCAAAUCCUCCAAAGAUCUAAAGAUGUUGGAGACUGUUCAGAGACUAGUCAUUAGCUUGCCAUUUUUGGGAUUCUACCAGCCGCCUCAAGAGUACCAACUCCCCAAUUUCACCAUUCCCAAGUUGUAUGAACUGCGGGUGCCUCACUUGGGGGUUCUAGACCUCUCCACAAAUAUCUACAGCAACUUGUACAACUGGUCUGCCUCCUACACUGGUGGCAACACCAGCACAGACCACUUUAGCCUUCAGGCUCGGUACCACAUGAAGGCCGACUCUGCGGUUGACCUGCUGUCCUACAGCGUACAAGGGUCUGGAGAAACAACAUACAACCACAGGAAUACGUUCACAUUAUCAUGCAGUGGAUCUCUACACCACAAACUUCUGGAUUCCAAUGUCAAACUCAGCCAUGUAGAAAAGAUGGGAAACAAUCCAGCCUCCAAGGGUUUGCUAACAUUCGAUGCAUCUAGUGCCUGGGGACCACAGAUGUCCGCUUCCGUGCAUUUGGACUCCAAACAGAAGGAGCAUUUGUACAUCAAGGAAGUCAAGAUUGAUGGGCAGUUCAGAGUCUCUUCAUUCUAUGCUAACGGUGCAUAUGGCCUGUCCUAUCAAAAGGAUCCUACCACUGGCCAGCGAACCGGAGAGUCCAACCUGAAGUUUAACUCCACCUACCUCCAGGGCACUAAUCAGAUCAUAGGAAGAUAUGAAGAUGGAACAUUCUCCCUCACCUCCAGCUCAGAUCUGCAAGAUGGCAUCAUUAAAAAUACUGCUUCCCUGAAAUACGAGAACUACGAGCUGACUGUGAAAUCUGACACCAACGGGCAGUAUGAGGACUUUGCCACUUCUAACAAAGUAGAUCUGGCCUUCUCUACGCAAAGGGCAUCGCUGCGUUCUGAGUACCAGGCUGACUACAAGUCCCUGAGGUUCUUCACCCUGCUUUCUGGAUCCCUGAAUUCCCAGGGUCUUGAACUAAAUGCUGACAUCCUGGGCACCGACAAAAUUAAUACCGGUGCUCACAAAGCAACACUAAGGAUUGCCCGAGAUGGGAUGUCUACCAGCGCAACGACCAACUUGAAGUAUAGCCCCCUGAUGUUGGAGAAUGAGCUGAAUGCAGCCCUUGGGCUCUCUGGGGCAUCUGUGAAAUUAACCACAAAUGGUCGCUUCAGGGAGCACAAUGCAAAAUUCAGUCUAGAUGGAAAAGCUGCCCUCACAGAGGUGUCACUGGGAAGUGCCUAUCAGGCCAUGAUUCUGGGUGUCGACAGCAAAAAUAUCUUCAACUUCAAAAUUAACCAGGAGGGACUUAAGCUUUCAAAUGACAUGAUGGGCUCAUAUGCGGAAAUGAAACUCCACCACAUACACAGUCUGAACAUUGCAGGGUUGUCACUAGACUUCUCUUCAAAACUGGACAACAUUUAUAGCUCCGACAAGUCGUAUAAGCAAACGUUUAAUCUACAACUACAGCCCUAUUCUCUUGUAACUACUUUAAACAAUGACCUGGAAUUCAAUGAUCUGGAUCUGACCAACCAUGCGAAAUUACGGCUAGAACCCCUGAAGCUGAAUGUGGGUGGGAACAUAAAAGGAGCCUACCGAAAUGAUGAAAUAAAACACAUCUACACCCUUUCUUAUGCAGACCUGUCAGCAAGCUAUAAAGCAGACACGGUAGCUAAAGUGCAGAACACAGAGUUCAGCCAUCGGCUCAGCACAAACCUCGCCGGGCUAUCUUCCACCACUGACAUCAGUACGAGCUACAACUCGGACUCACUGCAUUUCAGCAACGUUUUCCACUCUGUGAUGGCCCCGUUUACAAUGACCGUUGAUGUACAUACAAACAGCAACGGCAAACUGGUUCUCUGGGGAGAACACACUGGGCAACUGUACAGCAAAUUCCUCCUGAAAGCAGAACCUCUGUCCCUAACUUUCUCUCAUGACUACACAGGAUCCACCAGUCACCAUCUCAAGUCCAAAAGGCAUGUCAGCACUGCCCUUGAGCACAAAGUCGGCGCCCUGCUCACCCCAGCUGAACAGACAGCCACCUGGAAACUUAAGACCCAGGUGAACAAAAAUGAAUACACCCAGGAGUUUGAUGCUUACAAUACCAAAGACAAAGUUGGUAUGGACCUUACUGGGCGCGCCCUGGCUGACCUCACCACGCUAGACUCCCCGAUCGAAGUGCCAUUUUUAGUCCGUGAUCCUGUCAAUGUAAUCGAUGCCUUGGAGAUGAGGGAUACUAUUGACCAGCCCCAGGAAUUCACUAUGGUUGCUUCUGUAAAAUAUGACAAGAACCAAGAUGUUCACAUCAUCAACCUCCCAUUCUUUAACCUCCUGCCAGAACAUUUUGAGAAGAGUCGAAUAAUUAUUAUAAAUGCAUUGGAAGCCAUACAGAGAGAAUUGAAACAUAUCGAUAUUGAUCAGUUUGUGAUGAAAUACAGAACAGCCUUGGACAAACUCUCACAGCUGAAUGAAGUCAACUGGGAGACACAAGUUUCAAGAACCAAGGAGAAACUGACUGCUUUCCUAAAAAAUCAUGGAAUUACAGAAAAUGAUCUAAAAAUUGCACUGGACAAUGCCCAAAUCAACUUUAAUGAAAAACUAUCUCAACUACAAACAUAUGUGAUACAAGUUGAUCAGUAUAUUAAAGAUAAUUAUGAUUUGCAUGAUUUUAAGGCAGCUAUUGCUAAGAUUAUUGAUCAAAUCAUUGAAAAAUUGAAAAUUCUUGAUGAACAUUAUCAUAUCCGUGUAACUUUAGUAAAAGUAAUCCACGAUUUAUAUUUAUUUACUGAAAAGAUUGAUUUUAACAAAGUGGGAAGUAAUACAGUAUAUUGGAUUCAAAAUGUGACUGAUAGGUAUCAAAUCAGAAACUGGGUACAAGAAAAAUUGCAACAGCUCAAGACACAAAUUCAGAAUAUUGACAUGCAGCACCUUGCAGAAAAGUUAAAACAACAGAUUGAAGCUAUUGAUGUCAGAAUGCUUUUAGAUCAAUUGAGGGCUGCAAUUUCAUUUAAAAAAAUAAAGCAAAUGAUUGAGCAUGUCAAAAACUAUGUUAGAAAUUUCAUUGAAGAUUUUAAAGUAACUGAGAAAAUCAAUGCUUUUAGAAACAUGGUUCUCAAGUUAAUUAAUAUGUAUAAAAUAGAGCAACACAUCCAGAUUUUAAUGGAUAAAUCAGUACAGUUGGCCCAAAAAUAUAAGUUGAAGGAGACUGUUCAGAAGUUGGGCAAUGUCUUAAAAGAAGUUGGGAUAAAAGAUCACUUUGAGAAAUUGGUUGGGUUUAUUGAUGAUGCUGUCACUCAACUUAAAGCAUUGUCUUUUAAAAAUUUCAUUGAAAAAGUAAACAGAUUCCUUGACAUGUUGAUAAAUAAAUUAAGAUCAUUUAAUUACCACCAGUUCAUAGAUGAGACCAAUAACAAAAUCCGUGAGGUGACUCAGAGAAUCAAUGGGGAAAUCCAGGCUCUGGACCUUCCACAGAAAGCUAAAGCACUAAAAGAGUUUGUGGAAGAUGUCAAGGCUGCGGUCUCAGUUCAACUGGAAAACCUAAAAAGCACCAAAAUAACCUUAUUCAUUGACUGGUUACAGGAGGCUUUCAGGUCACCAUCUUUAAAUUACAUGAAAGCCAAAUUCAAAGAGACCCUAGAAGAUAUACGAGACCAAAUGUACCAGGUGGACCUUCAACAGAAAGUUCAGCGAUACCUGUUCCUAGUAGGCCAAAUUUACAACACAAUUGUUACUUAUAUUUCUGACGUGUGGAGUCUUGCUGUUAAGAACCUCACUGACUUUGCAGAACAGUAUUCUAUCCAAAGCUGGGCUGAAAACCUGAAAGCAUUGGUAGAACAAGGGUUCACUGUUCCUGAAAUCCAAACCAUCUUUGGGACCAUACCUGCCUUUGAAGUCAGUCUCCAGGUCCUUCAGGAAGCUACGUAUCAGACUCCUGAGUUCAUAGUACCCCUGACAGAUCUGAAGGUUCCAUCAGUUCAGAUAAAUUUCAAAAAGUUAAAAGAUAUACAAGUCCCAUCCAGGUUUUCCACACCAGAAUUUACUGUCCUCGACACUUACCACAUUCCUUCCUUCACAAUUGACUUGGUAGAAAUAAAAGCAAAGAUCAUCAGAAUCAUUGACCAGAUGCUGAACAGUGAGCUGCAGUGGCCAGUUCCAGAAGUGUACCUGAGGGAUCUGAUAGACACGGACACCAUUCUUGCUAGAAUCACUCUGCCAGACUUCCAUGUAUCAGAAAUCACAAUUCCAGAAUUCGUAAUCCCAAAGCUUGACCUUAAAGAUUUUCAAUUUCCUGACCUUCACAUACCAGAAUUCCAGCUUCCCAAAAUCUCAGAGACAAUUGAAGUACCUACUUUUGGCAAGCUGCAUAGCGUUUUGAAAAUCCAAUCUCCCCUUUUCACGUUAGAUGCGAAUGCUGACAUUCACAAUGUAACGACAUCCGUGAACGAGGCAGGGAUUACGGCUUCCAUCAUUGCCAAAGGACACUCCAAAUUAGAAGUUCUCAAAUUUGAUCUUCAAGCAAAUGCCCAACUUUUGUACCCAAAGAUGAAACCACUUGUUCUGAAGGAAUCUGUGAGUUUCUCCAGCAAGUACCUGAACACGGAGCAUAAGAGCGAAGUGCUAUUUUUUGAAAAUGCUAUUGAGGGGAAAUCAAACACAGUGGCAGGUUUGCAAACAGAAAAAAAUUCAAUGGAGCUUAGUAAUGGUGUGCUAAUCAAGAUAAGCAAUCAGAUUAACCUAGACAGCAACACAAAGUACUUUCACAAAUUGCACAUCCCCAAAUUGGACUUCUCCAGUCAGGCUGACCUACACAAUGAAAUCAAGUCCCUGUGGGACGCUCAACAGAUAGCAUGGACUUCUUCUGGGAGAGCAUCAUGGAAAUUGGCCUGCCCCAAAUUCUCAGAUGAGGGAACACGUGAAUCACAAAUUAGCUUCACUGUCAGAGGACUCCUCACUUCCUUUGAAUUUUCUAAUAAGAUCAAUAGCAAACACCUGAGACUAAACCAAACCUUGGCUUAUGAAUCUGGCUUUCUCGACCAUUAUCAAUUGGAAAUCCGGUCACAAGUUGAAUCCCAGCAUGUGGGCCACAGUAUUCUCACUGCUAAAGGCACAGCACAGCUUGGAGAAAGGAAGAUAGAGGUAACUGGCAACCAUGAUGCUCAAUUAAAUGGAAAAGUUAGUGGAAAUUUGAAAAAUUCUCUCUUCUUUUUAGCAAUUCCAUUUGAGAUUACUGCAUCCACAAACAAUGAAGGAAAUCUGAAAGUUAUUUUUCCAUUAAAAUUGACAGGGAAAAUAGACUUCCUGAAUAAUUAUGCACUGUUCCUGAGUCCCAAUGCCCAGCAAGCAAGUUGGCAAGCCAGUGCCAGGUUCAAUCAGUAUAAGUACAAUCAAAAUUUCUCUGCUGGAAACAAUGAGAACAGCACCGACGCCCAUAUAGGAUUAAGUGGAGAAGCCAACCUGGAUUUCCUAAACAGUCCUUUAACAAUUCCUGAAAUGACCCUGCCUUAUACAGGAUUCAAAAUUCCCCAGGUGAAAGAUUUCUCCUUAUGGGAAAAAACAGGCUUGAAGGAAUUCUUGAAAACAACAAAGCAAUCAUUUGAUUUAAGUGUAAAGGCUCAGUAUAAGAAAAACAAAGACAAACAUUCUAUCCCAAUUCCUUUGGACGUAUUUUAUGUGUUUAUCAAUCGGAACAUCAAGUCCUUUAACAGACAUUUUGAGAAAGUCAGAAGCAAGGCAUUAGAUGUUUUUACCAAAUCCUAUAAUGAAGCAAAAAUUAAGCUUGAUAAGUACACGGUUGAAAAAUCUCUGAACAAGGAACCCAUGACCCUUCAGAUUCCUGGAUACACUAUUCCAGUAGUCAAUACUGAACUAUCUCCAUUCACAGCAAAGAUGUGGACAUUUGGCUUUGAGAUCAGCACCCCCAACAUCACCACCCCAAAUUCUGGCUUCUAUGUGCCCUCCUAUGCAAUAGUCCUGCCAUCUCUAGAGCUGCCAGCCCUUAAAGUCCCUAGGAAUUUUCUCAAGUUUUCUCUUCCAGAAUUGAAGGUAUUAAGUAUCCCAAACAUUUUAAUUCCAGCCAUGGGCAAUAUUACCUAUGAUUUUUCCUUUAAAUCAAGUGUCAUUACACUGAAUACAAAUAUCGGACUUUACAACCAAUCAGAUAUUGUUGCUCAGUUCCUUUCUUCCUCCUCUUCAGUUAUUGAUGCACUGCAGUACAAAUUAGAGGGCACCUCAAGUUUGACAAGGAAAAGAGGGUUGAAGUUAGCCACAGCUUUGUCUCUGAGUAACAAAUAUGUGGAAGGCAAUCAUGAUAGUACCAUUAGCUUAACCAUGAAAACCAUGGAAGCUACAGUGACAACAACAGCAAAUGUUCAAAUUCCAAUUCUAAGGAUGAAUUUCAAGCAAGAACUGAAUGGCAAUACCAAGUCAAAACCUACUGUUUCUUCUUCCAUUGAAUUAAAGUACGAUUUCAAUUCCACCAAACUGCACUCUACUGCUACAGGGACAGUCGACCACAAAUUCAGCUUAGAAAGCCUCACUUCUUACUUUUCCAUUGAAUUAUCUAACAAAGGAGAUAUCAAGGGUUCAGUCCUUUUACGGGAAUAUUCAGGAAUGAUUGCCGGGGAGGUCAGCACUUACUUAAAUUCCAAGGGGACUCGGUCUUCAGUGAAGCUACAAGGGGCUUCCAAAGUUGAUAGACUCUGGAACCUUGACGUAAAAGAAAGCUUUGCUGGAGAAGCCUCUCUCCAACGCAUAUAUGCCACCUGGGAACACAACACCAAAAACCACUUUCAGCUACUGUACCCCUUAACAUCCGGAGAGCAUUCAGGCAAAGCCACCCUGGAACUCUCCCCAUGGAAAAUGUCAGCCCUUGCUCAGGUCCAUGCAAGUCAGCUCAGUUUCUUCCUUGAUCUCAAACACCUUGGCCAGGAAAUGUCCCUGAAUAUUAACCCUGAGAACCAGAAGGCCAGCUGGAAAGGUGAGGUCCAGGUUCACUCCUUGUCUCUCCAGAAUGAUGUACAACUCUCCAAUGACCAAGACGAGACACGCCUUGACAUUGCAGGUUCCUUAGAAGGGUACCUAAGGUUCCUCGACAGCAUUGCCCUACCUGUUUAUGACAAGACCUUAUGGGAAUUUUUUAAGCUGGAUGUAACCACCAGUAAGGAUAGGAAACAAUAUUUUCAUGCUUCAACAGCCCUUGUAUACACCAAAAACCCCAAGGGCUAUACUUUCUCUGUCCCUGUGCAAGAAUUGGCUGAUAAAUUUGUUAUUCCUGGACUGAGGCUAAAUAAUGUGAACUCAGUUCUUCUCACACCUGCAUUCCAAGUCCCGUUUACAGAUCUCCAGGUUCCAUCCUACACGCUUGACUUCAGUGAAAUAAAGAUCUACAAGAAGCUAAGUACUUCGCCAUUUGCCCUCAAUGUACCCGCACUACCCAAAGUGAAAUUCCCUGAGGUUGAUGUGUUAACAAAGUAUUUUGGACCAGAAGACUCCUCAGUUCCCUUUAUUGAGAUAACUGUGCCUGGAUUUCAGUUAACUAUGCCCCAGUUUACAUAUCCAAACAGUAUUUCUGUUGGUGCUACUGUUUUGGAUCUAAAUGAGAUGGCCGGCCAGAUUGCAGACUUCAGGUUCCCAAACAUCACCAUGCCUGAGCAGACUAUUGAGAUUCCUUCCAUUAAGUUCUCUAUACCUGCUGGGAUUUACAUCCCUUCCUUUGGAGCACUGACGGCACGCAUCGGAGUGGCCUCUCCCCUGUAUAAUGCUACUUGGAAUGCUGGCUUGAAAAACAAAGAUGAUCAUGUUGAAACAUUCCUGGAUUCCACCUGCAGUUCAAUCAUACAGUUCCUGGAAUACAACCUUAAAGUUAUGGGAACAUACAAGAUUGAAGAUGGCAUGUUUGUCUAUGAGGGUAAAGGAACAUUUACACACCGUGACAUCAACGCGGAAUAUAAAGAAGAUGCCAAAUUCCAAAGAUAUCCGGACUGGAAAGGAGAGCUCCGCCUGGACAUCACCAGCCCCGCAUUCACUGACGUCCAUAUACACUGCCGUGCACGUGAAAAUGUCUACUACUCAGCAGCCUCUCCAGCCAUAGGCACGGUGGUCUUGGACUUGGGAUCUGAUAAUAACACCUUAACAUACAAUGUCUACUACCGCCCUCAGUCGUCUCCAGAUAAAAACCUCAGCAUAUUCAAAAUUGAGUUUAGGCACCCGUACUCUGAAUCUAAUGAGAAAUUUCAGAUGAAAGUUAACUGGGAAAAGGAAGCAGUGUCUCAAUUGCUCAGUUCUCUGAAAGACAACGUGCCCAAGGCAACAGGGGCCCUUUAUAACUAUGUCAACAAGUGCCACCAGGAGUACACAGGACUUAAUCUGAGAGAGGUCUCUUUGAAACUGAGAAAAAGUCUGCAGAACAAGGCUGAGGAGACCUACCAAGGAACACUGAUUCUGAUUGACAAGGUGGACAAGACACUCGAAUUCAAGAGGGUGGCCAGAGAUGCUGCUAGAACCUACCAGCUGUGGAGUGAGAGGGCCCAGAUUACCUACCAGGAUGUGUUGGAUCAGGAGGGCAACAUCGAUCUCCAGAGACUCCAAAAUAAGGUGCUUAACAUCCUAAUAAAUAUUACUAGGGAAUGGGAAACAAUAGUCAGGCAGGUGAUUGCCUGGCUUAUUGAUUACCUGAAUCUCACAAGAUUCCAGCUCCCAGGUAGAGCCUUCACAAACACUGCAGAUGAACUCUCUACUUUGGUCAUGAGGGGAGUAGGGAAGGUACUGCUGCAGGUACAUUCAAAAAUCCAUAAUGGGUUAGAAAUACUGUUUUCCUAUGUCCAAGACCUGAUGGAGAAAUCUGAAUUAAUAAAGGACCUAAGGAUUAAAUUUCCUUUUGAUUCAAGAAGUUUUAAACUAACAAAUGUAACCUUGGAGUAUGGGAAACAGUUGAACUCUUUCUCACAAAUGGUCCAAAGGAUAUUGAAUGCCUUCAAAUCAAACAAAACUACCGUAAUACUAGGUGAUCUUCAGAGAUAUUUAGAAGGUGUUUUUGAAAACAUAAGAGAAGAAAUUAACCACUUAAAGAUGAAGAGACUUACUAUUAUCAUUAAGAAUAUCAAACACGAGAUCAAGAUCACCUUCGACAGUUGUAUUCAAUAUGUUUCUCGAUUCCUGAAAGAAAACCUAGACCUUGACUUUGGUAAGUUAAAUGAACUUGUUCAAAACAAAUUUCAAGAAGCAUCUCAAGGGUUAGAGCAGUUCCAUCAGUACAUAAAGGAUCUUCGCAAAGAAUAUCUUGAUUCAAGUGUGGUCAGCUGGACACUGAAAUAUUAUGAAUUUGAAGAAAAGAUAAUCAACCUGGUCAACAAGUUAGUACAUGUCCUUAAGGACUUCCAUUCCAAAUACAUUGUCAAUGCUGCUGGUAUAGCUGCCCAACUCUCAAGUGAAGCUGAGCUAUUAGUGCAGAAAACAAUCCAGAAAUAUCUUAGCAUUCUUGUCGAUGCAGAUGGAAAAGGGAAAGAGAAGAUUGUAGAGCUUUUUACCAGUGCUCAGGAAAUAAUUAAAAGCUGGACCGCUGCAAUGAAGGAAAUCAUUUCUGAUUACCACCAGAAGUUCAAAUAUAUACUACAGAAUUUUUCAGACCGACUCUCUGAUUACUAUGAAAAAUUCAUUGCUGAGUCCCAAAGAUUGAUUGACCUGUCCAUUCAAACAUACCACAUGUUUCUGAUAUAUAUCAUUGGGUUACUAGAAGAGCUGCAAUCGACCACAAUCUAUGACAUGAGCCGUUAUCUAAAGAUUGCUCCAGGAGAAUUAACUAUCACCUUCUAA